UUUCAGCCAGCCAAAAAAAGGGUUUGUAAAAUUUCAUUUCAGAAACGUAUUUACACAGAUCGUACGUACCUCACCAUAUUGCUGUCAAUCACCAUUAUCAACAACCUUCAAUUAUGGGUGGUUUGUUCACGAGAAAAACCCUUUGCCCACGCCCUCGUUUCUUCCUUGUGCUCUCAUUAUUUAUUCUAGUACUUGUUAUUCUGUUUGUGGUGGACAACUUAGCUACGCAGACGAAAACGAUCAUUGGUCAUAACUUGGAACCACCUCCUUGGCAUGAAUUCCCUGCAAAGACUUUCGAAAACGAAACAAAGUAUGCUCGAGCUUCAAAAAUCAUACAAUGCUCCUAUCUCUCUUGUAGAUCCACAACCAACAAUGUCCGGCCAACCUUCACACGCGAAGCAGAACAAUGCCCCGAGUUUUACGGAUGGGUAUACCACGACCUUGAACCUUGGUCCAAAACCCGGAUUUCAUACGCCACUUUAAUGGAAGCCAAGAAGCUUGCUUCUUUGCGCGUUGUAAUCGUUGGUGGGAAACUGUAUGUGGAUUAUUACUAUGACUGUGUGCUGAGCCGCGCUAUGUUUACCAUUUGGGGGCUGUUGCAGCUUCUUAAAAGGUAUCCGGGAAGCGUCCCGGAUGUGGAUUUGAUGUUUGAUUGCAUGGACAGACCUUAUGUUGCUAAAAGUGAUCACUCUGCUAUGCCUUUGCCGAUUUUUCGCUAUUGUACUACGCGUGAUCAUUAUGACAUCCCGUUUCCUGAUUGGUCUUUCUGGGGUUGGGUAGAAGUUAACUUAGGGCCGUGGCAUGAGGAAUUUCAAAGCAUUAAACAAGGUUCACAAAAGACGAGUUGGAAAGAUAAGUUACCGUAUGCGUAUUGGAAAGGAAAUCCGGAUGUUAACUCUCCGGCUCGCGAAAAAUUGGUCUUAUGUAACGACACAAAUAAGUGGGGAGCGCAAAUAUUGCGUCAGAAUUGGGGAAAGGAAGUAGUUAAUGGGUUCAAGAACUCCAAAUUAUCUAACCAGUGCAAUCAUCGGUAUAAGAUAUACGCAGAGGGGUAUGCUUGGUCUGUAAGCUUAAAGUAUAUACUGUCAUGUGGUAGUGUUCCGCUUAUAAUCAACCCGAUAUACGAGGAUUUCUUCAGCCGAGGUCUUUUUCCAAAAGAAAAUUACUUGCCUAUCCCCCCUGAAAACAUAUGUCCGUCCAUUAAAACUGCGGUCGAGUGGGGGAACUCACAUCCAUCUGAGGCAGAGGCAAUAGGAAAAGCGGUGCAAGAUUAUAUGGAACGUUUGAAUAUGGACCGCGUGUAUGAUUAUAUGUAUCAUUUGAUAACUGAGUAUGCUAAGCUGCUGGAUUUCAAGCCAGUUCGGCCUUCAACUGCUUUAGAAGAAUGCAACGAGUCUCUGCUUUGUUACGCUGAUGAAACCCAUCGUGGAUUCCUCGAAAGGUCAACUGCAACCCCCUCACCAUCACCUCCUUGCAAACUCCCUCCUCCAAAUGUUGAAAUGAUCAAGAAAAAGAUGGAAGCCAAAAACAUUAUUAUAAAUAAAACCCAACUUAUAUUUUAGAUACUGAAGCUUUUUUCAUGUCUGGGGUUUGUUUUUUGUCACACGGUUGGCUAGUAACAUUCUUCUCGACGAUGAUAAUGGGUAAAAGUAGUUUCAGAUUCGCGUUAUGGUGGUGGUUGUAGUCGUUUUUUUCCUAGUUUUUGGUCUAUGAUAGAUUGUUAAAUCUCGGA